AUGGUGGUGGCCGUCGAACCGGACUUCGCGCCUGGCAUCAAAGAAUCCACCCCUGCCAACCUUCGGGCAUGGUUCCUGAACAACGACGGGACAUUGAACGGGAUUCCGGUAACUGCGGCGGAUGCAGCAGCCAUCACCCGCGGCGGUUACGUUGGCAUGGCUGUGCUGAAUGCGGCGCAAGUCGAUGCCUCCGGUUGUUUCGCCGGUGUAUCGGGAGCCGGUCAGCCCGGCAACGCUGUAGAUCUGGCUGCCAACGCCGGACGGGUUGUGGCGAUACUUCUCACAACCGAUCACAACCGCCCCAACGCUUUGGUCAACCAGCUGAACCUCCCGCCCGACGGCAUCAACUGCGUGGAUCUGGUGGUUUCAGAUGUGGGAGUGAUUCGAAUACACGAAGGCCGAUUUAUUUUGCAGGAAGUUGCGCCCGGUUGGACUGUCGAGGGUGUCGAAUCCGUUAUUGGUGCGAAGUUGUCGGCUUCUCCGUCGUUACGGGAAAUGGAUUUCACUCCCCAUCCUGGUCAACCACCCAGCAAGAUCUAUUCCGACGGUUUGUCCGCCCUGGCCGACCUAUCCAACGGCGCCACCGUAUUCAUCGACGGAUUCGGCGGACCCGGCGGUAUGGCGCAUUACCUGUUGGUUGCCGUCCGGGACACUGGAAAGAAAAACCUCACCAUCGUUAGCAACACCGCCGGGAUCGCACGGGUGGUCAGCUUUGGCACACCCCCGGGCAGGACGGCAAUUGACCACAGCAUCCUUAUCGAAAACGGGCAGGUUGCAAAGGCCAUCGCCUCUUUCCCGGUGUCGCCGUCGGUGUCGCGCCCAUCCGAGUUCGAGUUGGCGUACCGACGCGGCGAGGUGGAUCUGGAACUCGUCCCUCAGGGUACCCUGGCAGAGAGAUUGCGUGCCGGCGGCGCCGGUGUGCUUGCGUUCUACACCCCGACCGGAGCCGGCACCCUCAUCGGCGAAGGCAAAGAGCAAAGGGAGUUCGACGGGCGCCCCUAUAUCCUGGAAUACGGUUUGCGCGCCGACUUUGCCGUGAUCCGGGCGCACAAGGCCGAUACAUCAGGGAACCUGGUGUAUCGCGGCACUUCGCGCAACUUCAAUGCCGUCAUGGCGCCGUCUGCCCGCAUCACCGUUGCCGAGGUGGAUGAAAUAGUGGAACCCGGCCAACUUGAUCCCGAGGAAAUCGUCACGCCCGGCGUGUUCGUGCAACGCAUCGUCAGGCGCCCCGAUGGUUUCACAGGCUACGACUAA